ACGGCUGGGGCAGCAUGCCGAGCAUGCCAGCUUUCGCAGGCUGCAGAUCCGAGUGGAGGAACUGUUCUCCCAUCGCUCACUGGGCAGCCAGAAUCGCGCCGUCGAGCUGCAGCUCUGAUGAGUGGCGCCCGGCGUUGAUAUUAAAGAAUGCCCAGCCCGCGUCGCAGAGAGGAAUUCAGAUUCCUCCUCGUCUUGUUUUGGUCCAGCUAACCUCGACGCUCGCUGUCCUUGUCCUCGUUCAUAUUGUAUUGUAUAGUACUACACUCGUUGAAGCAGUACUUGCUCCUACACCUGCUCACUUAAUAGCUGUAAUAUCAUCACACCAUCCAAGAUGCGUUUCACCUCGAUCGUCGCCGCCGGCGCCUUCGCCCUCUUCGCGAACGCUCAGUCAACAACCUCGGUCAGCAGUGCCGCGUCCACCACUAUCGAUGCCGCCCAGGCUUCCCAGAGCGCCCUGCAGGCCGAGAUGAUCAAGUGCAUCGAGGCCUGCACACCCGGCGACGUGGCUUGCACUUCCAAGUGCAUUGCCGUCCCCAACCCCAGUGACUCUCAGGUCAACAACACCAACAACUGCGUGGGCAACUGCCCCAAGGGCAACGGCACCGAGCCCGAGGUGGCCGCCUACCAGAAGUGCGUUCAGGACUGCAUCAACUCCAACUACUUCACCGCAACCGCCGGUACCCCGUCGCCCACUGGUUCCUCGGGUAGCGACAACAACAACAAUAACAACAACAAUGACGGCAACAACAACGGUGACGGGUCGUCUUCUGGCAGCGGCAGCGGCAACGGCAACACCAACCCGUCCGGCACCAGCGGCAACGGUGCCUCGGGGACUGAGUCUGGCGCUGCUGCUACUUCUUCGACUGGUGCCGCUUCGCAGCUGAUGCAGGUCUCCGGGAGUGCGGUGGGCAUCCUCGGUUUCUUGGCUGCUGUUAUGGCGCUCUGAGAUAGUGAACUUCUGGGGGUCUGAAGACAUGAGUGAGGGUGAAGGUGAAUGGUGUUGGGUUCUGGGUUCGGAGUGUGGGUUAAGGUGUUGGGUGGAGGGAUGUAAUGGCUUUUGGGGAUGAGCAAUGGCUUGGGUACGGUAGCUAGGGUGGUUACUGUAUAAUGCAGGUUAUAAACGAUGCGUGUUGCGUUUCCUCCGCUAGU